AUGGCUGCCUUCGAUAAAAGCAGUGCAGCCGGGGACAACAGCGAAGAAUUAAUACUGGAACUGUUCGAUGUCUUGGAACGGUGCCCGGCGGCAGCCAGAGACGCCGCGACCGACGCGGCCCUCGAGGCGAUCGCGGCGGCGGCCGCGCCCGAGGAGCCCGAAGAACAAGUACCGGAGGCCGUGAAGAGCGAACCAAGCAGCGCAGCCGAAGCAGUGCUUCAAACCAUAGACUACGACAGCCUGCUCAACAGCACUGAUGAAAAAGCUGUCGAAGCGGCCGUAGCCAGUGCGUUCGGUCCCAAUGGCCUCGGCGUGCUAGCCGUGACCAACAUUCCACCGUCACUCACUGAGAAACGGCGGCGAUUGCUGCGCCUCGGCCAGAAGCUCGGCACGCUGCCGGACGACGUCCUUAAACGAUACGAGCGGCCCGAGCUAUGCUACUGCGCCGGCUGGUCGCGCGGACGGGAAAAGUUCCGAGGCCAGCUGGACGUCGCGAAGGGGAGCUGGUACGCGAACGGGCUCCACAGCAAUAUUGACGACGCGAGCCUCCGGGAGCGCUACCCCGAGUCGACGACCGAACCGCAGUGGCCGUCGCCGGACCUGCUCGGCGACUCGCUCGAGGACGCCUUUCGGGACCUGUCGCGGGACCUGCACGCGCUGUCGCGGCACGUGCUGCGGCGCUGCGACGCCGUCGCCGAGCGAGCGCUCAGGAAGCACGGGGUGUCCUACGAGACGACGCUGUCGGCCGUCGUCGACCGGUCGCGUCUGCACGUCGGGCGGCUGCUCCACUACUUCCCGCGCGACGCCUCCGGCACCUGGUGCGGCUGGCACAACGACAACUCGAUCAUCACGGCGCUCGCGCCGGCCCUCUUCUACGACGCGGCGGGCAGCGAGGUUCCCGCCCCGCCGGGCGCCGGCCUCACCGCCCUGUCGCGGUCCGGCGCCGAGCACCGCGUCGCGCCGCCGCGCGGGUCGGUGCUGUUCCAGAUCGGCGAGGCGGCCCAGAUCCUCACGGCCGGGGCGCUCAUGGCGACGCCCCACGCCGUCCAGGCCGGCGAACUCGCUUCGUGCUCCCGGGAGGCCUUCGCGCUCUUCGUCGAGCCCGCCUGGGACGAGCCCCUGGACGUGCCGCGGGGCUGCGCGCGCGCCGACGCGCUCGUGGAUUACGGCGAGACGAUCCCGCCGCUCGCGAAGCGGCUGCCCCGCCUGCCCGUCGCGUUCGCCCAGUUCCUCGCCGACAGCGUGAAGGAAUACUACUGA